AAAGCCAGAUCCAGCUGGUUGAGAUGGAAACAGAGUCGGGGUUGAAGCAGAGAAAGGUGAUGUGAGACAUGCACACGCACAAAGCAAAUGUGAGUAAUCGCAAACAAGUGGUAAGGAGGCUGGUGUUUAAACCCCUCAGGAUCUCCAGAUCUUCAGAGGCCGAACGCUUUUGGGAACUGAAUCAAGUGUCCUCUAAGAGCUGCAGAAGAGGGACUCCCGUCUUCUAACGCACCGCAGUUUACAGUCACAACUUCAACAAUUUACUUGUGUUUAAGAACUGAGCAACCGUCUGUGCAGCACCAUGUCAGCGGUGACCAAUCAGCCAGUUCCUGUUGGUCAACUUGAGCGAGAGAAGCACAUCCAGAUGAUCUUCAGAGCCUUCAAGAACAGAUGUGAGCCUUCCUGCGAGUGCCAGACUCAGGCACCUGGAGCCAAACCCCACAGAGAGCUUCCUGACUGGGAGUCUGAAGACCAGCUGUCAGACCCGACGCCGCAGAGAGGGCYGGAGGAUUUGCGUGUUCAGACGUCGGGAGCACUGAGAAGGCUGGAGGUGGAGGAGCAGAAACCUGAAGGCGCAGGAGGCUUGGACUUUAUGUCUGUGCUGGAAAGACUCAGUCAGAUUCAUAUCACUGCCAGACCAGAGCUGCAAGGUCCACAGUGUGUGUCCAGGAGGAUCUACAGCAUCACAACAGGAGGCAGAAAAUCACAGCUGUUUGUGGCUGUGGAAGAGAGCUCCUGCGUGUGCCUCCAGUGUUGCGGUCCAGCUCGGGCCUGUUCCCUGCAGGGCUUUGACUGUCAGGGCCGUCAGGUUUUUCACUUCCAAAAGCCCUUUAGGGUUGACACCUGCUGCCUCGGGUGCUGCCUGAUGGAGAUGAGAGCAUAUUCACCUCAAAAUCAUCUCAUCGGCACUGUACAUCAGAGGUGGAGCAUGUUCACUCCUCUUCUUGAGGUUUGUGAUUCAGAAGGAGCCUCCAAAGUCAGGAUCCAGGGCUCCUGCUGCCCCUGUCGCUGCUCCUCCAACCAGCAGUUCCAGGUUGUCUCCAACCUUGGUGAGCAACUUGGAACAAUAUGGAAAAAGUGGCCCGGCUUCAACGUUGAACAGAAUAUGGAUCAUGAAUAUUUUGGGAUGGACG